UCUCUGUGUUCAGAUAUGGCUUCCUCCAGCAGUCUCCUGUCUGACGAGCAGUUCCAGUGUUCUAUCUGUCUGGAUGUGUUCACUGAUCCAGUCUCUACUCCAUGUGGACACAACUUCUGUAUGACCUGUAUCAAAACAUACUGGGACACAAGUUCACACUGCCACUGCCCACUGUGUAAAGAGAACUUUACCAUAAGACCCGAACUUAAGAUCAAUACAACCCUCAGAGAUGUUGUGGCUCAUUUUAAAAGGAGGGGUAAUGUUGCCAAACAUGGAGAAGUGUCCUGUGAUGUCUGUACUGGUAACAAAUUGAAGGCUCUUAAGUCCUGUCUGGUGUGUCUAACCUCUUACUGUGAACAUCACCUGGAGCCUCAUCAGAGAGUCUUAGCCUUGAAGAGACACAAACUGAUUGAUCCUGUGAAGAAUCUGGAAGAUUAUAUCUGUAAGAAACAUGAGAGACCCCUGGAGCUGUUCUGUAGAGAUGAUCAGACAUGUGUGUGUCAGUUCUGUACUGAGGGAGAGCACAGAACUCACAACACUGUUCCCAUAGAGGAGGAGAGUAAGAGGAGGAAGAAUCACCUGGGAAUCGUACAGAUGGACGUGCAUCGGUUGAUCCGGGACAGACUCAGAAAGAUUCAAGAGAUCAAACAGAAAGUCAAACUCAGUAAAACAACCACAGAGAAAAAGACAGCAGAAAGCAUUGAGAUCUUAACUGCUCUCAUGAGAUCCAUUGAGAGAGUCCAGGCUGAGUUUCUUGAGUUGAUGGAGGAGAAACAGAAAACAGCAGAGAAGGAGGCUGAGGGAGUCAUUAAAAAACUGGAGCAGGAAAUACGUGAUCUAAAGAGGAGAGACAUUGAGCUGGAACAGCUCUCACACACUGAAGACCUCCUCCACCUCCUACAGAUUUACCCAUCUGUGUGCAGCCCUCCACACACCAAGGACUGGACUGACAUCAGUAUUAAGACUGCUGUGAGUGUGGACACUCUGAGAAGAGUUUGGUCUCAGAUUGAGGAAUUACUCGAGAAGAUGGUAGGGUGGAUGAUGGAUAACAACCACAUGCUUCUUGUCUUCUCAGAACUGGAGAGUGUUCAGCAAUAUGCAGUGGAUGUGACCCUGGAUCCUAAUACAGCAAAUCCAAACCUCAUCCUGUCUAAUGACAGAAAACAGGUGACACAUGGAGACACACAACAGAAUCUCCCUAACAACCCAGCGAGGUUUGGUAACUAUCUCAGUGUCCUAGGAAAGGAGGGGUUCUCCUCCGGGAGAAUUUAUUAUGAGGUGCAGAUCGGUGAGAAGACUGAUUGGGAUUUAGGCGUGGCCAGAGAGUCCAUUGAAAGGAAAGGGAAUAGUGCACUGAACCCGGAGAAUGGAUUCUGGACUGUGUGGCUGAGGAAUGGGAAUGAGUAUACGGCUCUCACUGGUCCUGUCCUCCUCUCUCUGAAACAGAAACCCCAGAAGGUGGGGGUGUUUGUGGAUUAUGAGGAGGGUCUGGUCAACUUUUAUGACGUGGAGGCCAAGUCUCAUAUUUUUUCUUUCACUGGUCAGUCUUUCACAGAGAAACUCUAUCCAUACUUCAAUCCCUGUACGAAUAACGGAGGUAAAAACUCUGCUCCCCUGAUCAUCACUCCUGUUUCAGAAUGA